UAUGUUCUUCUGGGCGUGGAAAGGUAAUUAAAAGUCACACCAGAUCACUAUAUAUGUUGGCUGUCACAGCUCAUUACGCAUUCUCUUUAAGCUGUCUUAAAGACGAAAGUAUUGAUAUGUGCAUCAGUCGUAUUGUCUUCUUUGUUCUGGCUGUUGCAAGGGGGUCACUUGCUGGCUACCUCAAUGACUAUGACCAGCCUUUCGUCUUCAGCUGUCAAGAAAAUCAAAUUAUCAGCUACAUUUCCAGUGUUCAUGAUAACCACUAUGAAGACAGACGCUGGGAAGUUCACUGCCGGACUGCAGGGCCUACAUCAAACUGCAUUAACUCAGGCUACGUGAAUAACUUCGAUAGCCCGAUGGUCUUCAUUUGUCCUGGAAACGGAGUUCUGACCGGCAUUGAAAGUUAUCACGAUAACCAUUAUGAAGAUCGUAGGUUCGCGUUCAAGUGUUGCGAUGUGAAUGGAAAGAUCCCUAGUAAUUGCCGAACCACUAAUAACAUGAAUAAUUGGGAUGGUAAGCUGACUAUGCUAGUCCCAGAGAAUCAAGCAAUCACUGGAGUUUUUAGCCAUCAUAGCAACCACUACGAGGACAGGCUAUUUAGUUUUAGACUUUGUACAUUGUAGUUACAUCCAGACAACACAUUGAUUGGUCUCACUCAAAGCUGUUGUCCCACAAUGUCACUCGUACCUCUUCCCAGGAUGAACUUUUUAAUAAAUAUAUCUCGUCUA